AUGUUUCACUUUCUAUCCAAGAAAGAAAGUUUAGCUGUUUUACUCUUUUCAACAGCGCUAAUUUGCGUACUGAAUGCAUCGGUGUUUGGCAAUACUAUGCCCACCACUUCGUGCUAUGUGCAGUUGACUCAGCAAUCGGUCAGCAUCGGCACUGCCUACAUUUGCAUCCUGUAUGCCGCGAGCACUUGGGUCUAUCAUUCGAACUACUCGGAGCCCAGGCAGCACAUGCGCUAUGUGCUUUUGGCAAUGCUGAUGAUCAUGAUAUUGGCCAACCUUGUAUCCUUCAUUUUGCUCAUUAGAAGGCAAUUUUUCUGCCCAUUGAAUGAAGCCAUAAAAAUGGCAGAUCUCUUUAGCCCCUUCGGCUGGAUAUGCAACUUUGUGGCGAUUGGUGCAGUGCUGCUAACUAUUCUGCUUCUGACAGUCGCCUUUAUAGUUGUCGCUAUGACUGCAAUUACGAAGAGAAAGCUGUCUGCCCGAGCAGACGGCGGAGCCUCAGCUAGCGGGAUUGCGGAUUAA